AUGGAACCAUUCACCCUUUCACCAAUCCAUCAAUCUGCUGAGAUGGCGGAGACCGCCUACCACUUUGCUAUGAUGAUGGUAGCCUACCUCUACUCCAUGGAAUACAAGAUGGUUGCAACAGGUCACUUUGUCCGUGGAACGGAGGCUAGCACCUGUCUCUUCCGAAGCCAAGUGGAUAAUCAACAGACGGAUAGUCUACACCGACUGAUGGGAGACUGUCAGACACGUCCGCCCAAGACUUCAAAAGUGCUCAAUUUAAGGCGUUCAAGAGUGCUGGAGUUUAAUCCUGCCAAACGGAUGCUCGUUGUAGGUCUGGAGGGCUGGAAUCGACUGUACUGUAUGAAUUUCACCCAAAAAUUAGUCAUACGAUUGGUGGAGGAGCUGCAAAAGCUGUGGCCACAACGAAUUACGUUUCGCAGAAUAAAAGACACCACCACUUCAGAAAUGACCGACAAGAAGAAAGGACCUCCAGUGGAUUCAGAGCCGGAGAAGUCCUCCUCCUUCCUGGUUGAAUUUGAAGGCCACCCCUGGGACUCCUACAAGGAGUACUCCGAUCUGACCCCUUAUCUCAUUCUGGCACUCCUCAAAGUGUUAGACUCUGCUGGUUUUGUCUUUGAAUGUAGAGCUAAUAUUCGUGGACUGUUAGACACCCUCUUUUUCAUCAAAUCCGAUGCUUCCACCACAGCCAGGCAGAAUACUAUCCGUGUGUGCUUCUCUCUGUGUCACCAAAACACCUUCCGUGUAUACGGCGGAACUACUGCCUUUACCACUUGGAUGACACAACUUCUUCAACAGUUGUGGCUUUCUGGUGUGGCUAGUGAAAAGCAAAUCUCCUUUGUUCAACCUGAUCAUCAACAAGCGGAGGUGGGAGAGUCUGCAGAGAGUGGAGAUGAACUUCACUUCACAGAGGUGAAGCUCAAUGGUACACCAUUUUGCAUUCCCGAAUGGAAUAAGGACAACCUUUUGGCGGCUCAGUAUAUGAUAGGACGAUUAAUUGGAGUGCUCUCCCUCAUAGGAUGGAAAUUUACGGCUUUUCUGAACGUCUACAGCAGUCCAUAUGACAAGGGAUUAUUGGUGUUUGAAAGAGAACUUGAUACAGAUGAGGAGGAAAAACUGUUGGACUUAAAGAUGAUCGAACUGCGAGGAAGGAAAGAUGAAGACAGCACAGAAGACUUGAAAUCCCUUGACCUCCUGCGACCGUUGUGUUUCACUUCUUAUGAUAUUGAUAGGCUCUGUAUGAUGGGUGGAUCACGACAAUUCCUGCAAAUCUUCAACAAUCACUUCCUUCGACUGUUUGACACGUCUACACCCACGUACAAUUUUCUUACCCCCAAACGACGUCCAAAAGCGAACACUGAGGGCAAGAGUGACGAGACGGUGUUGCCCUCAAGUGAGAUCUCAACCUCGGAUAGGUGGAUAAUCUCAAGGGCACCCUAUCGACCGGAAUUGUUGCAUAAAGUGUUUCUCAGUGAAGGUCACACCUUUUUGUGUCUUCUCUCGCCUUUUCAUGACCACUUAGCUCUCACCGCAGUGGCGGAGCUCGAUCCAAUCAACUUUAUGGAGUACGUGACAAACUAUCAGAUGUGGGCCGCUAACAGUUGUUGGCCUCCAAAAAUGUUUCAUAAGACAAAUGCGCGGGCCAAAAGAUUCUUUCAUUGGAGUCAAAUCCCUCUAGCAGUGCUGUGCUGGGUGAAUGAGUUAAUCAACUCAGCUGCAUCCAGUGAACCUAUCGAAGUGGCCUAUCAGGAGAAGCCAAAUGAUCAAGAUGACAUAGUUGAGGUGGCUCCUUCCCCCGACCCAUUGUUACAAGUACCUCAUGUAAAGCAGUCCUAUCGAAACGCCCUUAUCACUUGUUUGGACUGUGCCUCCACAGUGAGAAAUGCUCCACCUGUGUGGAUCUACCUCAUAAGGGAGAAUAAACAACACCUAAUUGUGGAGAAUAAGGAAGUAUCUCCCACGCAAUAA